GUGACGCCACGUGACAAAAUGGCUGCUGGAUACAUAGCAAACUGGGAUAUUUCCAUCCCGUUAGCUUCAAAAGCCCAUCGGGUUUGAAUGUUUGAUUAAUUGACUUCAAGAUUGAAGAUUCCACCUUUAAAGUUACUGCUCCGUAUUAUUUUUUUUCCUUUCUGUUUCCCCUUCGUUUUCCACCACGUUUUCUGUGCAGGCACACAAGGCAUUCAAUUUCUUGUUGAUAUUUCAGAAGCCUCUAGUCUUGGCGCUGAAAUCUCAUCACUUAUCAGAAGAUGGCUGAUAAAUCCGUCCCAGACUUAAAGAACCUCUCGAUAGCUAGUAAUGGGAAAUCAGCAGAGAAGAGUCGGCUAGUUGUUUGUUUUGGGGAGAUGUUGAUUGACUUUGUUCCAACAGUUGCGGGAGUUUCUCUUGCAGAAGCUCCUGCCUUCCAAAAAGCUCCCGGUGGUGCACCCGCUAAUGUAGCUGUUUGCAUUUCAAAGUUGGGAGGUUCUUCGGCAUUUAUUGGCAAGGUGGGUGAUGAUGAGUUUGGUCGUAUGUUGGCUGACAUAUUGAAACAACACAAUGUUGAUAACUCUGGCGUGCGGUUUGACAAAAAUGCGAGGACUGCAUUGGCAUUUGUUACUCUUACUGCUGAGGGAGAGCGGGAAUUUUUGUUCUUCCGUAAUCCCAGUGCUGAUAUGCUUCUUCGUGAAUCAGAGCUUGAUAUAGAUCUUAUUAAAAAGGCUGCUAUUUUCCACUACGGUUCAAUCAGUUUGAUUGAAGAACCGUGUAGAUCAACGCAUCUUGCUGCAAUGACCAUUGCCAAAAAAUCUGGUUGCCUACUUUCUUACGACCCAAAUUUGAGGUUGCCUUUGUGGCCUUCUGCAGAUGCUGCUCGAAGUGGAAUUAUGAGUAUAUGGGAUCAAGCAGAUAUCAUAAAGGUAAGUGAGGAUGAAAUUUCGUUCCUUACCGGAGGAGACGAUCCAUAUGAUGAUGACGUGGUGAUGCAGAAGCUGUUUCAUCCAAAUCUGCGUCUUUUGAUUGUAACCGAAGGCUCAGAAGGUUGCAGAUAUUACACCAAGCAAUUUAAGGGACGAGUGAAGAGUAUUGCGGUAAAAGCUGUCGAUACAACCGGUGCUGGUGAUUCGUUUGUGGGAGGGCUACUCACGAGUUUAGCUUCCGACCUGAACCUCUAUCAGGACGAGAAGCGGUUGGGAGAAGCAAUUUUCUUCGCUAAUGCCUGUGCUGCCCUGACAGUAACACAGCGAGGAGCGAUACCUGCACUGCCUACAAAAGAGGCAAUUCAGCGCUUCAUUUCAGAGGCAGAAACCGAAUUUGCCAGCAUCAAAUAGGUUGCAGUGGGUUUAUAUUAAAUUUUGUGGGUUUAUAUUAAACACUAGCUGUGGAUCCAUCAAGAUUGCAGUGGCGUGACAGGGCUUAGCACAAGAGGAGGCGACGAUGAGUUUGCACCGGGGACUAAAUUUUGUUGGCCAUGUAGUAGUGUGUACCAUUUUGAAUGUUGAUUUUCUGCAUCAACAUCUUGUAAUUUUUUUUUUUUUUCUUUAUUCUACGGAGUUUUAGUUCGGUCUGGAAUUUUUUUUGUCAUGAAAGUUGCAUUGCUCUUUUAUAAAGAAUCUGAUUUGUGUUGUGUGCAA